GCCUGGAGAAUUCCAUGGACUGUAUAGUCCGUGGGGUGGCAGAGUUGGACAUGACUGAGCGACUUUAGCUUUUACUUAAUCUUGGUCAAUACUCAUCCAAGGGUCUUGAAGGGAGUGGGAGUGGGGUAGGGGCUUCCCCGGAACACAGUAGAACAUCAAUAUAAACAAGGCCCUCAAGACUUGAGGAGUCAGGUUUAGUGUCUAAAAUCUGGCCAAAGACCUGGGCCAGCUGCUUUUCCUUGAACCUGGUUUUCACUUUUUUCUUCUUCAUUCCUACUCCCGGUUUUUAGGUUGCUUUCUGCCCUGUUCCGUGGAAUUCUCCCUAAAGGGGUGGAAUGUCUAGUACAGUGACAGUGUAUUAAUAACACAGUAACAGUAACAUUCACAGCCCCGUCAGGGACUCUCCCAGCUGCCCUGGGCCAACCUAGGCCCUCAUCCAAGGGUCCCCAGAGCAUCCUCCGGGCUCUCUCCUCGGUGGUGUGUGGACGUGCAGUCCCGCAGCCCCGGCCUGCCGGGACUGGCUAAAUUGGGACUGUGAUUGCAGCAGGAAUGCAGCGCGAAGGCAUCUGAUCUCGCGCGGCCGCCGGCUCUAAGAGGAGCGCGCCCCCUCGUAGGCUCGCUCUCUCAGCGCCCAGCUCUAAGGUCUGGGAACCCGGGCCUCCCCAGUUCACCCGGUAGGCGCGGAUCCCGGAGAAGGAUCGCGCACAGCCCGCGAGCACACACGCAAAACUCCUUUGGACGCGUCUCCCAGGCCGGAGGACAAGUCGUGCUGCCUAUGCAGCGCUCGACUUUCCCGCCGCUGGAGGGGCGGGGCCUGUGUGACCCCGCCCCCGCCGGAGCCCCGCCUCCGCAGGUUGAUGGCAGCGGCAGCUGGGACUGCAGCGGCGCCCGGCCCCGGGAGUUGCAGGCAGCGGCCGGAGCGCGCAGCCGAACGCCCGGGCCCCAGACGCCGCGGACACCCGGAGAGGCAGUUCCGGCGCCCUGACGCCUCCUUCGGCCUUCAGCGCACCCCCAAGCCCCUCCGCAGAGAAGUCGCAGCGUGAGCGCCCCUCGGCCGGCCCAGGACCAGCUACAGGACUAAGGACCAAAAGCAUUUCUGGGCACUGAGAUCCUCCAUCUCUGCCCCCAGCUAUGAGCCGGCGCGUGGUUCGGCAGAGCAAGUUCCGCCACGUGUUUGGACAGGCGGCAAAGGCUGACCAGGCCUACGAGGACAUCCGUGUGUCCAAGGUCACAUGGGACAGCGCCUUCUGUGCCGUCAACCCCAAAUUCCUGGCCAUUAUUGUGGAGGCUGGGGGUGGAGGUGCCUUCAUCGUCCUGCCUCUGGCCAAGACAGGGCGAGUGGAUAAGAACUACCCACUGGUCACUGGGCACACUGCCCCUGUGCUGGACAUUGACUGGUGCCCGCACAAUGACAACGUCAUUGCCAGUGCCUCAGACGACACCACCAUCAUGGUGUGGCAGAUUCCAGACUAUACCCCUGUGCGCAGCAUCACAGAGCCCAUCAUCACACUGGAGGGCCACUCCAAACGUGUGGGCAUCCUCUCCUGGCACCCCACUGCCCGGAAUGUCCUGCUCAGUGCAGGUGGUGACAAUGUGAUCAUCAUCUGGAACGUGGGCACUGGGGAGGUGCUCCUGAGUCUAGACGACAUGCACCCAGACGUCAUCCACAGCGUGUGCUGGAACACCAACGGGAGCCUGCUAGCCACCACCUGCAAGGACAAGACCCUGCGAAUCAUCGACCCGCGCAAGGGCCAGGUGGUGGCGGAGCGAGCCCGGCCUCACGAGGGCGCCCGCCCGCUGCGGGCGGUCUUCACCACAGACGGGAAGCUGCUCAGCACCGGCUUCAGCAGGAUGAGUGAGCGGCAACUCGCGCUCUGGGACCCGAACAACUUCGAGGAGCCAGUGGCGCUGCAGGAGAUGGACACAAGCAAUGGGGUCCUACUGCCUUUCUACGAUCCCGACUCCAGCAUCGUCUACCUGUGCGGCAAGGGCGACAGCAGCAUUCGGUACUUUGAGAUCACCGAGGAACCUCCCUUCGUGCACUACCUGAACACCUUCAGCAGCAAGGAGCCGCAGAGGGGCAUGGGCUUCAUGCCCAAGCGGGGACUCGAUGUCAGCAAGUGCGAGAUCGCACGGUUCUACAAGUUGCACGAAAGAAAGUGUGAACCCAUCGUCAUGACUGUGCCCCGCAAGUCAGACCUGUUCCAGGACGACCUUUACCCAGAUACGCCGGGCCCCGAGCCGGCCCUAGAAGCAGACGAAUGGCUAUCAGGUCAGGACGCCGACCCCGUGCUCAUCUCGUUGAGGGACGGUUACGUGCCUCCCAAGCACCGCGAGCUCCGGGUCACCAAGCGCAACAUCCUGGACGUGCGCCCGCCCUCCGGCCCUCGCUGCAGCCAGUCAGCCAGCAAUGCCCCCUUGUCGCAGCACACCCUGGAGACGCUGCUGCAGGAGAUCAAGGCCCUGCGCGAGCAGGUGCAGGCCCAGGAGCAGCGCAUCACGUCUUUGGAGAACAUGCUGUGCGAGCUGGUGGACGGCACGGACUAGCGCAGCGCCACCGGGGAAGUCCAAGCCGGGAAGCACAGUGGGGCGGAGCGCCAGCACACCCGAGGGCCCUGGCUUUGGGUCCCGAGCUCCGCACUCCGCCCCUCUAGGCCUGGGCAGGGACUAGGGAGGGAACUCCGCCCUUCGCGGGAGAUCUGGACAAUUGCAGAGACUCGCGUCCGUCUGGCGCCCGCCUGGCGGCGUACCUCGUCCGGGAUUUAGGCAGGAGCUGGCGGGGCCUCAGCAAUGGUGCUGCGCCGCAGGCAGUGUCCCCUUUGUUCCUCGCCCGGGGCAGAGCAAGUGCUUAGUGUUAGCGCAAUGCUUGGAGAUGGUGGGGAGCUUGGGAUUGACCUCAAAGGGGUAGCGAUUCGACGGGUCUCCCCAGACUGGGGAAAAUUACAAUGCUUCUCCCUCUAAUCAGCUCAUUUGACCGCACCAUCCUGAGUGGUCAACUGAACGGGCGUCACCCCAUUUCUACAGACAGACACAAACGUUGGCUGUAGAGCCGGUCCCCCGGGCUACACGCAUGUAGUCCAUGGCAGAGGGCUCCCUUUCUUCUCCCCACCUCCGGGGGAGAGGGCGGCUCCCGCGUGGCACUUCCUCACAAGAACCAACCAGAAAACUGGCAUGAGGAAGCAGGUUCCACCUCCACUACACACACACACCCCUCCCAGCCCUCUGCUGAACACACACACACAUACCUCCCAGCCCUCUGCUGUACAUACACACACACACAGCUCCCAGCCCUCUGCUGUGGCCUUGACUCUAGGAGGAAAACAAGAUGUUCUGAAUGAAACAUUUUACUAAGUGCUCAGUCUCUGCCUCCUGCAUGGGUAGGGAUGUAAGACCCCCAGCCUCUGUAAAUGCCACCGCCAGAAUCCUGGAGGCCCUGACAGAUGAAACCCUCGGCUCAGGACCCACCAGACAUCCUCUUUCUUCAGAGCCCUCCCCACUCUGAAGUUCAGAAGGAACCCUCAGCCCGCAGGUGGGCGGUCUUCCCCAGUAAAGGCAAAUAAGAAAAACCUCGGG